AUGAUGGCUAUGUCGAAUGUAACUUCUUCCAUGUCUACUUUUAUUACAAUUAAUCCUUCAAAUGUUAUCGUUAAUUUGGUUCAAUAUGGAACUUCGAUGAUUGCACAUGGAUAUCGUCAGAAUCUCACCUUCAAUCCUGGAGCAUAUUCUGUUGAUCCUGAUGCAAUUGUAUUCAACACAAGUAAUUGGAAUUAUGACUAUUACUGUCGAAUGUAUGGUGUUUACAACUUUCCAAGCACCAAUGGAUCAAUGUUGACAAUAGAUGAUUCAAGAAUUGAUCCAAUCAAUCCAUCAUGUUUUGGAAAUCAGCCAAACAGUAGAGCAUUAUGGCAAUAUCUUGGAUCUAACGUCUCACGUAAAUCUUCAUUGAUAAUUCUUUCUGGUUCAUUGGCUUCGAAUCAGAUAUAUCAAUUCAUGGUCAUUAUGACAUAUCGUCAAAAUUCUUCUUUACAAGCUACUGGUUCUGUUCUAGUGCAUAUUCAAGAUUAUAAUCCUCAUAUGAUUGCUAUUGUUUGUGCUAUAUCUACUAUGUGUAUUCCAAAUGUUGAAUAUCAGUAUUUUAAUCCGACAACUCAAGUAGCACUUUUUUCUAUGUGUAUGGAUGAUUGUAAAACAGUUCAAAAUAUAACAUGGAAUAUUUAUCAAGGUUCAAUGAAUUCAUCAUCAAAUACUACACAAUGGAUUUUAUUCAAUCAAAUGAAUGCCUAUCAAGAUAUUUGGUUUUUUGGUAUGAAUACGAGUAAUUUCACGGCUAUAAAUAAGUUAUUUAUUGACAAUCCUUAUAUUAUCUAUUGGCGUUUUGAAGUUGUUUAUUCUUUUUCAUCAGAAUCAAGUUCAAGUUCUUUAAAUUUUAUUAUUAAUCGAUCACCUCAAAAUGGUUUUUGUUCGAUUAGUCCUACCAAUGGUACAACCAGUACAUUAUUUACUAUAUCUUGUUUCAAUUGGACUGAUGAUGAUGGUAUUAAAGAUUAUUCAAUCUAUGGAUGGACAACAAAUCCGACAGAUCGAGUAAUGUUUGCUCAUUCAUAUACAUCCACUACUCAACUUUUAUUAUCUGCUACAAAUGAUAAUACAUCAGUACUCAAUAUCAUUGUUUAUAUUCGUGACACAUAUGAUUGUGUUGCAGAAUUUAACAUAUCAUCUAUUAUAGUUGUACCAGAUUGGAAAAAAAUGGAAAGUCUAUUAGGUAGUUUACAAAACUCAACUAACGAUUCAUUUAUUCAAAUGCUUGCAAGUAGUAAUCAAAAUAUGGUUAGUCAAAUAGUUACAUCACUUUCACAACAAUUCAAUACAAUGAAUAAUCAAGCUAUAGAAACAGCUAUAUCAAAUGGUAUUUCAUCUACAACUAUUGCUAUAUCACCAUUGGGUAGCAAAACUCAACAAUCAUCUUCUGUAUCACCAAACGCUUCUGCUCUUGCUGAGUACAAUAAACAAUUAAAUACUUAUGCAAAUGUUCGAGAUUCUCUUGUUACAUACAUAACUAAUCUUACAAUUACAACUGCUGACAGUAUUAAACUACAAGCAUCUUCAUUAGCUCAAUUCACUCAAGCUACCAAUCAAUUAACACGUACAACUAUAAUGCUUGCAUCAGAUAAAUGUUAUCAAUUGGCAUGGGCUUUACAUUCAAUGGCAACAAUAAUUGCUAGUGAAGAUGUUCAAAUAGCAGCGAAUUAUAUAAGUCAAUGUGCAAAUAAUGUUUUAAGUAGUGUUAAUGGACCAUUACAACAACGAACAACUAUACUUGAUUUGGAUUGGUCUCGUGCUAAUAAUUUUCCUAUUGAUUAUGAUACUGAUAUGGAAUCUGAAUGGUCUAAUCCAAAUUUAUUUGCUGAUAAUAAUGAUUUUUCAUGGGAAACAAUUCAAAAAGGUCGAAAUAGUUAUUAUCAAAAACAAAUAGCAGAUCAAAUCAAUAUUCAAGUAACAGAAACAAUAUCAUUGAUUACUAAAUCACUCAAUAUUCAUUUAAAUAUUGGUCAAAAUUCGAUAAUAAAUACAUCAUCCAUAUUGUAUUUUACAGAAAUAAUAACAGUAGAAGCUUUAUCAAAUAAACUAAUUCAACAAGUUGGAAAUGCUCAAAUUCGUAUUCCAUCAAAUUUUAAUUUAACUACAAAUAAUAAUACAUCAAUUUCACUUCAAUCAAUAAUGCAACCACUUGCAUUAGCUGAUCAUACUAAAUUACAAUCAAAUACAAAUCUAUCAACAUCUCUUUCACUUACUAUAUUUGAUCGUAAUGGAAAGGAAAUAUCUUUUCAAACAGAUAUAGAUCAUCCAAUUGAAUUUAUUAUACUUCGUGAUUCAAAUAUAAUUAUUCCAUUGAUGAAUUUACAAAAUGUUACUUCAAUGAAUAUAACUCCUCAUUAUCAAUUAUUUAAUCUUCAUUAUAUUAAUAUUCAACAAUCACAAUGGAAUAAUAAUCGAACUGUUGCACUUAUUUUUGAAAUGCAUCCAUUGAAUAUUAGUCUUGCUUAUUUAUUAAUUUAUAGAUUUGAUGAUUCUCCACAAUUAAAUAGUUCAAUCAAUCAGACUGAUGGAUGGACUAUUUUUUGUCCUUCAAAUUUAACAAAUGAUACUCUUUAUACGUAUUUUCUUAAUAAUCAACAAACAUCUGGUCAUCAAUCAGUAAUAUUUGGUUUACGAGAAUUAAAUUCAACAGAAUUUUAUAAUUAUUGUAUAAAUCAAUCCAUUAAAAGUCCACCAAUAACAAAUCAACCAUUUAAUUUCACUUCAAAUUAUGAAUUAAGAACUUAUACGACAUGUUGUUAUUAUUUAGAUACAAAUAAUAUUUGGCAAACAGAUGGAUUAUUAGUCGGAUCUCAAACAAAUCACUAUCAAACUCAAUGUUUUUCAACUCAUUUGACAACAUUUGCUGGUGGAUUUCUUGUUUUACCAGCACCUAUCAAUUGGAAUUAUGUUUUUGCUAAUGCUGAUUUUAUGAAAAAUAAAACUGUUUAUUUGACUAUUAUUUGUAUUUAUAUUCUUUAUUUUCUAUUAGUUAUUUAUGCACGUUAUAAAGAUAAAAAAGAUAUUGAAAAAUUGGGAGUUACACCAUUAUCAGAUAAUGAUUCUAAUGAUCAAUAUUUCUAUCAAAUUCUUGUUUUUACUGGUAAUAGAAAAAAUGCUGGAACAAAAUCAAAAGUUCAAUUUAUUCUUGUUGGUGAUAAUGAUGAAACAUCUGUUCGUACUUUUGUAGAUCCUCAUCGAAAGAUUUUACAACGUGGUGGAAUUGAUGCUUUUAUUAUGGCUGUUCCAAAAUCAUUAGGCUCAUUAAAUUAUAUUCGUAUUUGGCAUGAUAAUACAGGUCAUGGUGUAUCAGCAUCAUGGUUUCUUAAGUAUAUUAUUGUUCAUGAUUUACAAACAAUGGAAAAAUUUUACUUUAUUUGUCAACAAUGGUUUGCAGUAGAAAAAGAAGAUGGACGUAUUGAACGUAUUUUACCUAUUGCUGGUGAAUUACAAAAACAAGAAUUUUCAUAUGUGCUAUCGAAACAAGUUUAUUAUAGUGUAUCAGAAGGUCAUCUUUGGUUUUCAAUAUUUUCUCGACCACCAUCAAAUAGAUUUACACGUGUUCAACGAUGUACUUGUUGUUUUGUAUUACUUUUUACUGCCAUGCUUCUUAAUAUUCUGUAUUAUGAUCAAGCAAAUGAAGCAAAAACAACUAAGACUACUGGAAGUCUAUCAUUAGGUCCACUUUAUAUAACUCCUCAACAGAUUAGUAUUGGUAUUAUUGUUGAAUUACUUUCACUUGUUCCAACUUUGUUACUUAUUCAAUUAUUUCGACGAACAUCAUCUCGACGAUCUUCUCAACAAGCUUCACCAUUACGUGAAGCAUUGUACAAAUUAAAACAACAACCAAUGCCUGUUGAGUCAAAUAAGAAGAAACAAUCGAUAUGUAUGUUUCCUUGGUGGUUUUUAUUUAUUAUUUAUGGUUUAUCAUUUCUUUUGGCUAUAAGUUCAACAUUUUUUAUUAUUGCUCGUGGUAUUGAAUUUGGUGAUUUAAAAACGCAAAAAUGGUUAACAUCACUUAUUAGUGGUUUCUUUUCAUCAAUUCUUUUGAUUCAACCAUUAAAAGUAAUUCUUUUUGUUUCAUAA